AUGUUCGUUCGCCAACGACUAAGUACCCGGGGCUGCAUUGUUCUCUAUCAUGCUGUUUCUGAUGAGAUGGCGGACGAGUUGAGAUCUGCUGCACUAGAAGUUCAAGACCCGAGGAUCCCGGAGACGUGGGAUGGAGUUCAUGUUGACAGUGAGCGCUCACGUGUGUUCGUCCCGUACGGUGAUGCGGAGGUCUUGUCGGAGCUUUUCGAGCGCCACUACCGAACAUUUUUUUCGAUUGCCAGCGCAGUCGAGUGGAGCUAUCGGAAGACCAGCAGUGGAUCAAGCGACCAACCGCCUCGUCGGGAGUUUUCGUCUCUUCCCGGAAGCACGGAAACACUUAAUGUGUGCUCGUUGCCUGGAACGUUCCUCCUUGCUUUGCAAGACCAUACCUACGUGACUGGGUUCGGCUGGAACAACCAAGUGGCGCUGCAAUCGAGCCAGCGACUUAUCGAGCUGAACAAAGGAGAUGUGCUGAUGCACAGCGGGGACUUCGUUUUUGCAAGGGCCGGAAGCGCCACGAACAAUAUCUGCCUUCACGGGUAUCUUGAUACGCCGCUCUAUCCCAGACCCGCGUACCAGGACCCGGAGAUCGUUCCCUUCAUCAACGAUACCAGCGUUGGUGUUGACGACGUUUUCUGGAACUGUACGUUCAAGGCCAGAGACCCCCAGGUACUGCGCAAGCACUUGAAUCGCUACCACAACUUCUACUUCAACAUCCUCCGGGCUAGUUUUUAA